UUUUAUUUUUGCUCGCUAGGUUGCACAGGGCGGAAUGGGUGAGACGGCUUUCCUGCAGUGCUCUGCGGCUUUCCGGCGCCCCUCGUUGCACGGAGCCAGCGUGCAUCCAAGUGCGGAAGCCAACGAAAGGUAGUACCUCGGCCUCGGAAAACCGGGUAUUACUCCGCUCUCGCGCUCGGGGCCGUCGAUCCAAGCGGCGCAGCCCUCCAACUACGGCGCCGCACCUCCUCCUUGAUAGCUGUAGCAGAGGGGGGCCAUGCGCCAGGAUCGUAAGAAGUGAGGAAGAAGAAGAAGGGAAACUUGAGAUGGGAGAGGGGCGCAGCGCGAGCAAACCGAAAAGACCGCACACUCGCCCUCCCUCCUGCGAGCCGCCGCGGGGGCAUCCCGGCGCGCGAACGGGUCGGUCGCCCUGCCUGCUGCUGCCGGCGCCGCACGGCGUAGCAGAACGAGAAUUUUUCCGCCAUGUGUCGCCACGGGCCUUUUUCUUCGGUGGUUGUUGUAUAGUGGCGGUGGUGGAUUUGGCGCGCGGCUGCUGGUUCACUGGCUCCGCCUUGCCCACCUCGCGCGGCAGCCGCAAAAGCAGCAACAAAACGGCCGCGCGUCAGACUGCUUGCUGCUGCUGGCACGCUGCUUCGCUUUGCCCGUCGGCUUGCCCCUUCUUUCUCGCCUCCCCCUUUUCCUUCUCGCACUGCUGGUGCGGCUUGUGCCGCCGCCGAAACGACGGCGGCUGUUUUCUGGCCCCAGCAGCGAGGAGUGGUCGCCGGCUGGAAUGGAUCGCGCGAGGAGGCAGCAGCAGCAGCAGGCGGCGAGCAACAAGUGCUUUCCCUCAUAGCAUCAGCGCGGAGGGGCCUGCGGACGGUGACAUUCGCGACCACUGCUUGACUGAACCGACCGUGCGCUGCCAGCCGGCUUCUACCAGUCCGAACACAAGAUCGAGAACACCACGAACGGUGGAUCUGCUUGCAGGCCUUCACCGGUCUGCGCGCCCCCCAUCUUCUUUCCUCUCUUCGCGUACUUCACCCAGUGACAAAAGCUUGGAGGGAGUGUGUGUUUCGUGCGCCAGAAGUCGGCUUUCACUGCCCAACCCGAAACGUUCCUUGGUUCUCUGUUCAUACUGAAGUGCGACCCGUAUGCUCUGGAAAUUAUCGUUUUUCCCUACUUUUUCUAGGUGAAAUCCAUAGGACGCUUGCAAGAGUGAGGAUAUUCGUAUUGGGGUCAUCUAUUUAUUUUUUCGCACUGUUCAGAGUGCCCCGAACACCCCGAGACAACUUUCUUCGAGUGAUUCUUCGGCCCCGUCGACGCGAUAUCGGCUUCUUCAGUGUGUGCCUCGUGGGUGAUGGUGUGAAUCUGGUGUUGGGAAUCGUGCUGCGGUGGUGCGCGCGUGCCCGCGUCUCGAGUGCGUACGGCUUUCGUCGCAGUGUCCGUGCUUUGUCUCCCAAGUCAGUACAGUGCAGCGGGCCCUGUGCUUCUCGGAGCGCCGAUUUCAGCGGGCGCCUGUGGAUGUGGCUCGACAGCGGCCGUUCGCUGCCGGCGUCGGCGGGCCGCACUGACCGCCGUCCGUCCCCGAUGCCGUUCCCCUUCGUCUGGAACGCAGCUUUGCCGCGGGCGGCGCAGCGCUGCUGAGCAGAAGAGGACCACCGCAACAGGCGUGCUCCUACAGAGGUGGAUUGCCGGUGCCCAUCCCGAUCGGUGGUGGAGCUCACUUGUGCCUUGGGCGGCGGCCGCGCUGCGGUAGCGUGGCGGCCAUGAGCUAGCCGCGCGGCACACGAUUGCCGUUGGAACCGCGGGGGCCAUGGCGUCGGUGCCCGCGGUGCCCGAGUUCCGGGACGCCGAUCAGUGUCGACAGCACGGCCUCGAGAUCAUCCGGCCCAAGCCGCGGCGCCUGGGAGACCUGAACCGACCGCACGACACCAGGAUGCCCGCCGAAGGCGCGUCACUGAGGGCAUCUCACCGUGACCUCGUGGGAGGCUCUGCUCCUUCGCUGACCAAGCUGUCGGUGCGGGACCUGUGGCCCAGUCCGUCGGGGCGCUCCUCGCACGAGGCGUCUCCGAGGCCCUGCGUGUCUGCCGCCGCGUCGUCCUCGUCACCCGGACCUCCCGGGUCCAGCCGUGCGACACCCGUGCGUGAAACACCGGUGCCGAGCAGCGGUGGCAGCAGCAGCGGUGCCAGCAGCAGGGCCUCGCCUGGCUCUCUGGCACUGACGGCGGCCACCCGCGCCUCGCCAGCGCGCAACAAGCUGUCGCUGGCAGAGCCGAUGAUGACGCGAGAACAGGAGGAACAGCAGCAAACCGACGAGGGAUUCCCGACGGACCCAAACUUCUGCGUCUACCGUGACUCGGCUUCUAACACUGAUUGCGGCUCGCUUAGCAAGAGCUCAUCAGAUGGUGACCCUGUCGUAUCGCGACGAAAGCCUCUGGCACGGCUCAAGUCUCGCCGCCGCAACAUCCUCAGCUUCCCGCUCAACCCCGAGGAUCCGAGGCUGGGUGUGCGUCGCCAUGAUCUCUACGCCGGCGGCUCCUCUUCCGACGAGAACAGGUCAUCGGGGCACGCCAGUAUGAGUGACGGCGGUCAGUCGUCGUACGCGAGUUCGACGUCGCCACCGACGUACCUGGACUUCGCCCGUGCGACACCAUCGGGCGCACCACUCACCAAGUCUCUGCACAAUGUGCCGGGACACCUCAAAGCUGUGCCCGAAGACGAACGAGUUCCCCCGACGUCGAUAUCCGCGUCGCGUCUCUGCCGCCGGUCCCAGCCAUCGUCGUCAUCUUCGUCGCACGGUCGUCGUGGAUACCGAAGUAGCAGCGGGGGCAGCUACGAGCUUCACGAGAGCUCGGCCAACCUGGACGAUAUCCGGCAAGCCGUGGAGCAGCUGGCCGCCCGAACACAGCAAGGGACGAGCACCAGCGGCUGUGGCGGCUACUCGACGUCGACGUACUCGUCGGACGCCGAGCCGAGUGGAGGCGUGCGGAGGCUGAUGCGGCACUCGAGCCUCGAGACCAUCGCUACCAACAUCACGAGCGCCGAGGAGUUUGUCUGGGUGGACAACCUGCAGUCGCGGCUCGUGGAGAUGCAGCGGCCGCCCUGGACCAACCACGACGUGCUGCGCGUGCUCCAGAGCGGCCGCCUUCGCGACCAGCGCCGCAAGAUCUCCAUGGAGGUUGUGCCGCGGCUCUCGUUUCUCUUGCAGAGGCCUCUGGUGCGCGUUGCGAGGGAGGCACAGAGGCUGUCCCGUCCGUUGGGCGUGUGCGGCAAGCGGCAGGUGAGCGGCGCCCUGUGCAUCGUGCUGUCGCCGGCCCUGGCCGAGAGCUGCGUGAGCGCCUGUCACCGGGCCGCCGCCAUGUACACGUUGUCGUCGUGCGACCAGCUGCGGCUGGGCAAGAGCGCCCGCGCCGGUCUACAGCUUCCCGUGGGCCGGUUUCAGCGCUGGGCGUGCGACGCCCGGCUGGCGCCCUGCGUGCACGAGUACGGCGCCCUGUACCUGACGGCGGCCGCCGAGAACCUGCUGGAGGAGCUGGUGCUGCGCUGCCUCGAGCCGGGCGCCACGCUCACCGCCGCCGCCCUCGAGGCGGCCAUCGGAAGCAGUGGCGAACUCUGGGGGCUCUUCCAGCCUUUCGCGCACCUCAACGCGGGAAGGACGGCGACAGGCGCACUGUCGAUGCCCCGCUGGCCUCCACAGCUUCAGCAGUGCGGAAGCGUUCGCGGAGGCCAGGGUACGGACGCACAGCAGCCCCAGCAGCCGGGCCAGCAGCCUUCGUCCAAAGAAGAACACCACCGGAGCCCAUCGGCGGCCAGCGACGCCCACGAACAGAGCUUCCUCACCACGUGCGUCGGCAGCAUCGCAGAGCUGAGCGAACUCCUAGCAGCGGUGACCCAACUAUACCGGAGCCGCACGGCUUCCCAGCGUCCGCCACUCAGCUGGGGCCCAGGAGCAGUUCACGCGCUCUACCACUACAUGCGCUGCUCGCAGCUCGAGCACGCGGAGCAUGGAUCGUCCAGACGUUCGGCGGGGCCUGAGCUCAUUUACGAAAGACCAUAUCAGGUGCUCCCUCCGCUGGUGGAGUGGGUCCGGGUGGCGCACGCGCACGCCGAGUACCGGCGCUCACCCCUCGUGGACCAAGAUGACGUCAUGCAAGCUGCGCGCCUCUUACUUCCCGGAGUCGACUGCCCCGUGCGGGCUAUCGGAGAACUUCACGAAGAGCGUCUUCUGUUGCUACGGCGAUCGAGCUCCGCGUCGACGGACGACGUGCCUCAGGAGUGGGCGCGCCAACUGCAGACCGAGUUGGCGUUCCGGUUGCUGUCGCUGUGCGGCCAGCAGGGCACGGGCUCCGCCGUGGUGUCUCAGGCGCUGGCGUUGCUGCCAGCACCAACGCGGCUGGACACGCGCGACCAGCGCGGCCUGACGCCGCUCAUGCUGGCCUGCGCCAGAGGGGACGAGGUGGCAGCCCGAGUUCUUGUCCAAGCAGGAGCCGACAUACACGCCGAGGCGCCGCUGUGCACGCCCCAAUGUCCACUGGCCAUACCGGAGGUGCAGGGCUGGACAGCGCUUACAUUUGCUACGACGCAAGGAAUGGCGUCCACUGUCCGAAUGCUCCUGGAAAAUGGUGCCAACGUGGAAGGGAGCUCAGCGCCAAAUGAAGAGAAGGUGACGGAAACUCCGCUUCAGUUGGCUGUCGCAUUCAGCCACCUGGAGCUGAUCAGCGUGCUCCUGUCGUACGGAGCGAAGCCCUUCUGCGCCACGCCGUUCCUGGACGCCCAGAGCUACGGCGGCGCGCAUCCGCGCGGCUGCUACGGGGCGGCGGCCGUGGCGGCGGCCCACGGGCGCCGCAGCGCGCUGCGGAGGCUGCUCGCCCACCGUGCGCUGCCGGAGGCCGAUGACCAAGGGGACGUGCUGUCGCUGCACGAGAUACUGGCCGAAGGCGCUGGGACUACGGACCGGAGAACGGCCAGGAGCAACAAGACCUCGAGUCCGGACGAAGGGCUAGAAGGUGGUGGCCAGCAAGUGCAGCAGCGGAAAGCAGGCCAGCCUCUGAGUAAAGCCCAUGUGAAAGCGUUGCAGGAAGCUAUGUACCAGAGUGCGGAGAAUGGGUACCUCGAGGUCACCUUGGACCUUCGGAGUAUAGGUGUUCCUUGGACACUGCACUGCUGGAUGCAAACGUUGACUAUGGCUCACGAACAGCAACUUGAGAGUACUAUUGAUGAGCUGCUGCAAGAUUUCUUGCAUGUAUGGCCGGAAGAUUGCAGCACGCAGUUUGUGGAAGACUGCCUGCCCCUGCUGUUCUCCAUCUUUAGGCAUAGCAAGAAUGAAGGCACAACCCUGCUUCUGGCAGACAUCUUCUCUGUUUGCUAUGGAGAAGAGAGCAUCAAGGAAAUUCGGGACGUCUCACUUUCUGGUGGCGCAAGGAUAGACCCCAAGUAUGUCAACAAUCCUGAGAUGUCAGACGUGCAGUUCCGCGUGGAAGGACGUGCCUUCUACGCGCACAAGAUCAUCCUGGUAAACGCGUCACCUCGCUUCAAGGCCAUGCUCUCUUCAAAGGCGGCCGAGGGCAGUACGCCUGUCGUCCAGAUAAAUGACAUAAGAUAUGACAUCUUCCAGCUCGUCAUGCAGUAUUUAUACAAAGGCGGCUGUGAAGAUUUUGACAUUGACCAAAAUGAUGUGCUUGAGCUGCUUACGGCGGCCACGUUCUUCCAACUGGACGGCCUCGUUCGCUUCUGCGAGGCGCGCUGUUCGAACUGCGUCGACCUCGACAAUGUGGUGGCCACGUACGUGCACGCCAAGGUGUACAACGCGGUGCAGCUUCUGGAGUACUGCCAGGGCUUCCUGCUCCAGAACCUGGUCGCGCUGCUGAGCUACGAUGACGGCGUGCGCAAGCUGCUGUUCGGCAAGCGCCUGCACAACCACGACGUCCUUAGCGGCUUGCUGCUCACGCUUCAGGCGCGGGUCAAACAGCGGGUGGCCGUGUCCAAGUCUCUCGCCGGCAAAAGAGCUUCCACCGGUCACGAUGCGAAGAUGAGGCUAGUCGGUCCCAACAAGUAGCCGCAGGCCGAUGCAUACGCCUGGUGAACAGAGACGAGACGAACGAGGUAUAAGCGGUGACUUGGAAUUUUGCGCAUCAUGUGACGACGUCCUGCCUGAACUCUGCCCCUGUGAUUUUGAAGAAAAAAAGAAUGAAGGAACUGGAUAAGACCCAACUCGCACACGUCAGAACACCAAGAUGACUACUUUGUGAACUUGUGAGCGCAGCUCCACCGGUACCGCGGACAGUAACGACGUAAACAACCAUUCAAGUCUACAAAUGCCAAUAUUUCUUCGGACAUGUUCUCGAGAACUAACAGAACUGCCCAGCGUGCCUUAAGAGUGUCGGUGCAGCAACUAGUGGAUAAGACUCAGGACACUCUCUGUUCAAUAUUUGAUUGCGUACGAAAUGGUACGGCAACAGUGAAUUAUGCGACAGGGACACAUGCCUCUAGUAUUGUAAGUAACGCGUGAGUGACAAGUUUUGCGCCCAACUUAUCUUUGACCUUUCUCGAAGCGGUGGCCCAAAGUUCGCAUCUUUUUACAAUCUUCGUAGGAGGCAGCUAACGCUAAGCUUCUACCGCUUGGAUCUUUUGUCUUUGUAGUGGUCUCGUAAAACUUUACCAUGUCCAAGGCUCAGCGCAGCCGCAUGUGGUUUUCUAUGUGAGGAUGACGUUGUGACACGAUGGCAUUUACUUAAUUUUUGGCGCUCAUAUAUUCUGUCGGUUGUCUUCGCUAAGCCAUUGUAGGGGAUAACUGUGUCUGGCUGUUCACAAAUACUCUGUUAGGUUAGCUGUAGGAAGCCUUAUCCUUACGUGGUCUUGCGUUAGCGCUCCAUAAAAAGGUGUCAGAAAAGUACUUCUUACCAGAAAACGACCACUGAGCGUCAUGAAAAAGGAGACAGCUUGAUUGCGCCUCGACUCUCUAGCGGGGCGACAAGAACCAUGUUAGGCAUGUACAAAGUAUUUCUGAAGUUAAGAUGCAACAAGACCAUCUAGAAAUCCGUAGAGAUGGAAACUUCGGAUCGUGGUUAGACACUGUCUGCAUUUCACGCUUCCUUUUUAACUUUAACCUUUAGGCUUGCAACCCUAAUACACUGGGACCAACGUAGCUGCAAUUUCAGCUAUGAAACGAAAUAGUAGUGCCAUGUUGUGUGGGUUUACUUUAAUGUGUUCAGGAGCAAAUGUGUAUUGUUCUACUUGACGGCUAGGUGCGCUGAAAGCAUCUUGUUCAACGCGGUCACUGUUUAUACCUGAGUAACGGUAACGUUAGCAGCCGCUUUCACUUUCUCGCAUACAUGGGCGGCCGUCAAUUUCUGCUUGGUCAAUACGCUUUGUUCCUCGGUCGCAUGACCGCUAGGCCUCGGUGCCAUAUUCCACGAUUUCUGAAGAUAACUGUCACCGGCGCUACAUGUCCCGACUCUAUGUCGACGUGACGAUAAAGCGGUGUGUGGAACGCACUUAAGUCAAACUAGCUGCAUGGUGAAACAACAGUUUGGCCUACGGGGACCGCCGUGCAUCACUACUGCCACCCUGCCUUGUGCUACCUGCCUAUGCGCGCCAUGGCAAGGCUGACGCGCACGCUGACGGCUAGUGGCCGUGCGGCGACAAUGAUUUAUGAGAGUUUCUAAAGGAUGUUCAUAGGGACGUUGGGACGGGUAUCUUGACAAGUACCUUGUUUUUGUACAGCGCAGGCGAUGCACGGACAAAAGAAAAAAAGGAAGAAAUUUGGCCAACAAACGAACUGUUUCUGAACGACGUGUGAUUGUGCGUGUCCUGUGGUCUGCAUAUUGUCUUCUCCGCGCAUGUGCGGCCUUGAGUGUGCGGCUUUCAACAACCAAGAACUCUGAAAGUAGUAUGCGCCUUGACAUGAAUAGCGAUUACGUGCAUGGACCGUGCCAAGCACACAUAGUUGAGACAGAAGCGCGUACAUCAGUAAAGAAUUGAUUUUCUUCGGAAGCGGUGGGCCCUGGUUGAUGUGCCUGAUAAUCAUUAACAGCUAUAACGAUGUUUAAUGCUCUUGUAUUUAUGGCGUUUUGUAAAGGAUUUAAACGAGCUUCGAUUAGGUCGUUUCACAACUAACCGCCGUGGUGGCUUAGCGGCUGUGACGUUGCAGUGCUAAGAGCAAGGUCGCGGGUUCAAUCCCCGACCGUGGGGGCCGCGUUUUGAUGGCGGCGGGAUGCAAUAACGCUCAUCUACCGUCCAUUGGGUGCGCGUUCGAGAAUGCCAGGUGGUCAAAGUUAAUCAGGAGUCCCCUGCUACGUCGUGCCUGAUAACUAUAUCGUAGUUUGUGCACGUGAAACCCUAGAAUUUGCUUUUAAAAAUAAAUUUACAGGAAGGUAAUCAACACUUAAGGUAAGUUGCCCUAAUGACACUGACAUUCCGCGUGGGACCAUUCAAGUGUUUUCAGCGUGCCCCAAAUUUGGUGGAAUAUUUAGGGCGUGUCUACGUCUGUUUAUCGCCUGCGCUGUAGAAAACCACUUCAUCGCAGGGCAUCUCACUGCUGGUGUGUGCCUCCGCUGUAACAAAUAAACGGGACCGUAACGCGACCUAGAGCGUCGUGGUUGUGCCGUAAGGGCAAGGGGGCCGUCAAAAAGUAGGUUGCUCUGAGUCGCUGCCACUCAAAUUAAUCUUAGUCCUUCCCGUGUGUAAAUAAUUCCGAGUCUGUGGUGCGCAGUUUAGUGCAAAAUAAGGUAAUGAUUGUAUGCUCCUUAUUGUCCAGGCCUGGCAGAAUACUCGUCCGGUGUAUUAUUUGUUGAUCUUCUCGAAUUUUUGUGUGUGCUUAUAUCUGUGCAUAUUCUAAACAAUGAUAAGUGUAUUCUUGUCCUUGUGCCGUCAGGAGCGGUAUCGAGUGCUUUUUUCUCCGUGCUGAAAGAAUCGCUGUGCAUGUCGUUCACAUUUUUGUUCUCUGCUAGUUUUUCGUAUGUUGGAGGGCAGAGAAUUAUGAAUAAUGAUACAAAUAAGAGUGUUACAGCGGUCGUGGCUCUUACACGAACGUAUUUCUGAGGUCACAUGCGAUAACAUUAAAUGUCGUAGGCUACAACUCAUGUUAACUUUGUCUCGUUAUCAAGUGAAGCCGCUUGCGGUAGUUUCUGAAUUAUUUGAUUUAAAACAGAAAAGAAAGCGGACAGAGUUUUCAGUAUUAGUCGUAUUUCAGGAGACUACUGGUAUAACACUCAUCUUUACAGCGCGGUCAUCUGCAGCGUUAUCGACUUUGGAGUGGUUCGCAGGUCCGACAUUAAAAGGUGUCGAUGAAGAAUUGGGACCUUCCCUCUUUAUCGGGGCUGUUUCUUAUUUGUCUUUGCCAUUUUUCCUACUUGAUCUUUUGUUCGAAGUUUAGGGUUUUUAUCGGGUUUCUGCUACCAUAUUGCUCGCGGAUUUAUCAUGAAUUAGUUAUCAUUGAUUCUUGUAGGAGUUGCUGUUCACACCGUGUGCUAAGAAAAAUUUUGGUGUUCUGUACCAAAAAUAUCUUCUGCGGCUGGCAGCUUCAGUAGGUCAAAUAUCUAGGGCCAAAUAUGCCCCAGAUAUUUGUUGUAAUUGACGGUGUUUUACGUCGUCAAGAAAGCCACUACAAGUGCUUUUAACAUUAUUCCAUCCUAGCUUUUUUGACGGAUAAUAUGGCAAUUAGAUCUUGACGAAGGGGGCCUUUUCUUCCUCUUGCUGAGGCAAAAGAAUUGAUAAGUGAGUCAUUGCCUCUUUUCUUUAGGUAGAUCAAUUUUAACCCCAUUGAUAACAAGAUAAGGCACAAUCCUAUUAACAUGCGCCGCUAAAUAAGUGUCCUAAUAAAGGACGGCACACACGUUGUCAGUUUGAAACUUUUCGCCACCAGCUUACUAAUGCAUCUUUCAUAAUUUCUCUUUGCCUGUUAUUUUCUUACCAUAUUACAGCAAUUCAAAUAGCCAUUUAUAGAAGAUUCAUUACAAACACUAGCAUUCCUCAUGGGACCAAUCAAGUGUGUUCAGCAUUCGUUCGGUGAUCUUUGUAUGAUAAAUACUUGUCACAAUACCUUUGCAAGCGCCAUUGUGUUACUGUAGCGUUCCAUUUUGUUUAAAUGACCGCCACGACACAGUUAUUAGCCUCGUGGCCUCAGGCUAAUAGCAGUAAGGACAAGAAACGACUUUCCGACACACUCACUUAUCUUCGUGUGCCAAACGAUGUUAAGUUUCGGGGCGUUAACUAUGUAUCUUAAUACAUGUCACUUUGUCUUAUAUGAGAUGACACACCCAUAGUGUUCAGGAAGACGAACGGAGCCUAGAAGCCACAUAAUCGCGUGACCAUCUCCCGUAGCACUUAUUUUAGAUUUAUUCCAGAACGACUUUACAUUACGAGGACGGAAGCAGUUCUUUUUUGCUGACAGCUCCUGAACUGAAUGUAGUGAUUUCGUGUUGACAGUCAACCAGUUACUCAACGCAUCAAUCAAGCAACUGUUUUACGAAGAAGAUUUUGCAGUAUAUACAAGGCGCAGACGCCCGAAACGAAACCAAUGUACAAAUUUGGACUAUGUAAGCGAAUUCCUGUAACUUAAACUAAGGAAUGCAUGGAGGCGUUCGAACUGUAUACAAAAAAACCUUCGUAUUUAACCAUGGGAUGACAGUGGCAGUGUGAAUUUAGGUCCGCUGCAAAAAAAAAAAAAAAAAAAAGAAAUAUGGAAAGAAAAAAGAAAAGAAAGAAACAGGCAAGGGAACGAAUCAAAUCUUGGUAGAAAUGUUUUCUGAGCAGGAGAUUUAGUGCCGUUCACUUGAAAAUUAUACAGCUAUGCCGUCUACUGUAGCAGGUUUGUCACAGUUUUCUUAUUGCGGAAGAUUUUGGGGGCUGUAAACUGCACAUUGAGGAUGCCCAAAUAAUUCACUGAUUUUGAAAAAGCUGGAAAACGGGCCAACGACCACUACAAUAUGCAUAUUUUCGUCUUCGUAAGGUAAAUCGUUUUACGUCAGCGUCUGCGUUCAACAUUCUGUGUGGGAGUGAAGUUGAGAGUAUGUCACGAGGAGCAGAUAUCUAAGCGAAAUUGAAAAAGAAAUACUCGCCAAGUCCUUUCGAAGUUGUUGAUGUCGCUGCUCCCCCCAAUAAUUACAUUUUUAAAUAUUAGUACUUCGUGGUGGCUAUUCAGACAGCCUUCUCAGCAAACUACCUCAGUGUGCACCUUCCGCGCAACUUAUAUUUUUUUUUUAGUUUAUGAAGCGCAGGAACCGCUCGCGCCAUGUCUGAACCUUGUACAUAAGACACUUCUGUUAUCCCACCGAAAUUAGAUUUCUGCGCUAGCAUUUCAAAAGCACACGUACCUAUCACGUUCAUGGCUUCGAGCAUCAUUACUGCGCGGAUUCAACCACCAAGGUGAAAUGGUAGAUAACUUUGUAUAUUGCUUUUUGUUGCACAUGCAGUUGAUAAUAUUCUUUGCCAAGAGCGCUGCGUUUUUUCAUUGUCUAAACUUUUUGAUACCACCCACGGGCGGACUCGACGCGUCCGAGGCGUGAUGGCUAGUGCAGGAAUAGUUUUUUUUCGCCUAAUGUUGGUCGAGGGGGACUUUUGUAAAGCGUUAAAAUAUGACUCGGUGUUGUGCAUGCGUCUCCCUUUUUGUCCAACACACAGGGUUUGUUCUACGUGCAAACUCGAUAUAUGUAAUGUGUUGUCCUUUAGCUGCUGAUGGUCAUAAUGACAUUUUUUAAACAGGCCUUCUGCACGAAAAAGUAAGAAAAAAAAAACUGAAUAACCACAAAUGCCACGCUCGGAGCUUCUGCAGCUCUGAAUAUUUUCUUUCUCGUGAUCACUUACUGGCAUUCGAGUAACAGAAUUAACACCACUGUUUCGACAUCUGUGAACCGAAAAUAAAGUAUUUUUGACGAACAUA